AUGUCGGACCCCACCACUCUCGAUGCGAUCGACCCGGACCAGACGAGCACCCAAACGACCUCGACCAAAGCCGAUCUCGAGAAAGCGGCGACGCAUGGCAGCGAGGAGGAGUCGUCGUCGUCGUCGCAAGCGCAUCUCAACCCGUUGCGCCAGCGUGGCGCUGAGAGCAUCAAGCUCGACAAUGCCGGCGCCGCGCCCGUCCAGGUGGUGCGCUCGGCCGCGUUGACCGCGGCGGUGCACGCUUCGGGCAAGAUGGACAUCAGGUCCAGAGGUGAGCUUAGAACAUGUUUGUGGGCAGUUCUCUUUGCUUGAGCUUUGGUGUCAUUUUUUCGAAAGCGCGCUUUCUCCGACUUCCGGUCCGUGCGACAACACCUCUCCCCUCUUCCCGUCCCCAAGUCGUGAACCGUCGGCCACCAAAUCGCCGCUCGAGCCACCACGUGCGGGGUGGAGAUCCCCCCUGUCUUCAAGGGCCGCCCGAGGAGAGGAACGUCAAGGCAUCAAAGACGCCGAAGGAGAUGACAGAAGCAAGACGUUCUCACCCGCAUGGUCGUGCUUGUACUAACAUCAAACAUGACUUCAUCUUUUUUCCUGGUCACACAGCUUCGUUGACGCUAUUUGCAGCAAUGUGAGUCAACUCCGCUCGAGCUAGGUUACUAGGUGCUCAGACACCUAGUUGCCAAGGCGCCAAGGCGAAAAGGAGCGCGUCGUCGCUAAUCUUAAGCACGCUUUGGUCGCUUUUUCGACUCUCCUGUUCUAUCGCUUCCGUUUACGACUCGAUGGAAACUUUGUGAACACACGCGCAUCAUAUCUCACCUUUCAUCUUCAACAUUCCUCGCUUUGCUCGACUUGCGCCACCACCACCUUUAGCUUCACCGCGUUCCUUUGCAGCACCGCGAACGGAUUCGAUGGCUCGCUCAUGGCCAGCAUCAACAACAUGGCGGCAUAUCAGCGCCAGUUCAACGCCGGCCUCGUCGGAUCGACGACGGGCAUCAUUUUCGCCAUCUACACCAUCGGACAGAUGUUCGGAUCGAUGGUCUCGGCACCGAUAGCGGAUCACUUUGGACGUCGCAUCGGGAUGCAAGUUGGCUGCGUCGGCAUCGUACUCGGGUCGAUCGUCGCGACGACUUCGCAGGCCAAGGCGCAAUUCAUCGCCGGGCGCUUCAUCCUCGGUUUCGGAAUUGCAAUCACCACGACCGCUUCGCCAAGUUACUGCGUCGAGAUUGCACCCCCAUCGUGGCGAGGACGAGCGACGGGAGCGUACAACUGUGGGUGGUUUGCAGGCAGCAUACCGGCCGCGGGCAUAACGCUCGGCACGUCGUACAUUCACUCGAACUGGGCUUGGCGCAUUCCAGUUCUCGCGCAAUGCUUUCCCGCCUGCGUUGUCAUCGCCACCGUCAUGUUCCUCCCCGAGUCGCCUCGUUGGUUGAUCGCUCAAGGUCGAGGCGAAGAAGCACGCGCGUUUCUCGUCAAAUACCACGGCAACGGUGAUCCAGCUUCGGCGAUCGUCGAGCUUGAGUGGUCCGAGAUGGUUGAGGACAUCCGAACCGACGCGUCGGACAAACGAUGGUGGGACUUUUCCGAACUCUUCCGGACCAAGAAUGCGAGGUGGCGUUCGUUGAUGGUCGGCUUGAUGAGCAUCGCCGGUCAAUUUUCGGGAAACGGUCUCGGGUACUUCAAUUUCCAGAUCUACUCGUACGUUGGCUACUCGAAAGUCAUGCAAUUCAUCCUCAACCUCGUCAACACCAUCACGUCAGCGAUUGGAGCGGGGAUCGGCGCCUCGCUUGCGGACUCGGUUCGGCGACGACCGAUUUUGGUAUGGGGGACUUUGGCGUGCGCGUUCUGGCUCGCGAUGAAUGGCAUGGCCACACAUCUGGUGGGUCACCCACUAUCCCGGCCCACUCUGACGUCCGCUGGGGUUGAAGAUGCUGAUGCUUUAACGUGACGAGCGACGCACAGUGGGCGACCGAAGGCCUGACCGCACACAGCCUCAACAUCGGCCGCUUCGCCAUCGCUUCCUUUUUCCUCUUCAACAUUGUCUACUCCUUCACUUACUCGCCACUUCAAGCUCUAUACGCCGUAGAGUGUUUACAGACGAAUACGAGGGCGAAGGGAAUGUGAGUGAUGGCGUUUGCAGAGUUGCCUCGAUGCGACGUUGCUUCGCUCGCCAAGUUCGGAGACAUUCGCGGGCGGCGAGCACGGUUUGCACUCGAGCCGUUCGGAUGCACCCCUUGUCUGCCGCUUCUCUGUCAAUGCGCCCAUAGGCGAACAAGCUUUGGGCAGAUUUGUCUGCUGAUCGCACUGACCAAAUAUGUCUUUUGGGUUCUUCCGACCAGGGCUGCUUACGCCUUCUUCGUCUCGUGCGUCAGUUUUAUCAACACUUACGCGAUCCCGAUCGCGCUUGAGAACAUCGAGUACAACUUGAUCUGGUUCUUCGUUGGUAAGCCUUUCUGAUGUGACGGGCUGAGAUUCCGAUUCCGAAUCGUGGCUAGGAGCCUCGCUGCGAAGCUCGGUAUUCGAGCGGCACGCUGACAAAAGGGCGUGAUGGACGUAGUUGGCACGCCCAGCCGAGCCGCCGAGCCUUCGUUUCGAGCGCUCGUUCAAUGAUUUCAUACCUCGUGCUGACUCCCGUCAUUAAAUUUAUUGUUCCUAUGUUAUACUGUAUUGACAGGGUGGGAGUGAGUGAUUCGACAUGUGGUCUUCUGCUCGGUGCUUUGGCGAACCCAUCCCGCUCGAUCAGCGUAUCAGCGACACAAUGCGGUGACGAUAUUGUUUGCUCGGCUGACACCUCCUUGUUGCCCCUUUUCUUCCGCAGUUGUAUUGAAGCACUCGCAUGGUAUUACCUCGGAGUGGAGACCCAAGGCCGCACGCUCGAAGAACUCGAAACGAUCUUCUCGGCGCCGCAUCCUGUUCGAGCGUCCAAGGCUAACAAGCAGAUCGCGAUCGACGAGCGAGGAAACACGAUCGUGGAGGCACUGGUUUGA